CCGAACAGCGAGGUGAAGUGAAAAACGUGAAAUGGAAUUGCACACGCCGAAGCGUGAAUCACGUCCUUUGACGGAAGCAUUGCCGUGCAGUCCGCCGAUGUGCGACACCAUGCUUUAUCCGUGGAAUUGGGGCGAGGAGGCGAGAAACGUGAACCUCAGCCCGGGUAGUUCGUGUUCCUCGCCGGAAUACAGGGAGCAUAGCGUGGUUGCCACGCGAACCGGGCCCCGUUCGCGUUCAGGAGGGUCGGAGAGUCAUCGCCGUGGACGACCCAGAGCCGACGCUCUUUCGAAUCUUAUGAUGCAAGGAAGUACCUCGCCGAGCAGCAUAAAAUGCACCUACUGCAAUCGUGUCUUCCCACGGGAGAAAAGCCUGCAAGCACAUUUGCGUACCCACACAGGUGAGCGUCCUUAUCCAUGUGAUUAUCCAGGGUGCACGAAAGCAUUUACACAAUCUGGACAACUAAAAACUCAUCAACGAUUGCAUACAGGCGAGAAACCUUUUUUAUGUACAGAACCUGGCUGUGAAAUGAGAUUUACGCAUGCAAAUAGACAUUGUCCAGAUCAUCCGUAUGCCACUCUCACGCGCUCUGAUGACUUUGUAUUAAAGCCAGUAUCAGAGAACACUGAAUUGCCUCACGAUGUUACCAGAUGGCUAGAGCGUUAUAAAAUGUCUAGAGAACGAGAGGACAGAACUCCUACAGGAAAAAAUGAGCGCAAGAAGAAAACGUGGAAAAGUAGUUCCGAAAAUCACAAAAGAGUCAAAUCUAGAAAGGGUCUGAUGAUGGAUGCAACAGGGGAACAGGAAAAUUUGGAUUGCAAACCUUCCAAUCAACGAUUGUACUGCGGUGAAAGUCAAGAUAGCCAAGAGGAGAGCCAGGACGAAGAUCCCGCGGAAACGUGUGCUGUGUUACAAACGUCCGAGGACGAGGAGACAUCGACAAAGUUGGCGAUAACUCCCUUAAGAAGACCAUUGGAUAGACUUCAGCCAAAGAAACGAUGGUUACGCGAAGCUUGCUUGGAGCAACAGUUGGCUAAACCUUUAAAUUGGGAUGCCAAACCAGCAAAUACUCCGGUAAUCGCUUCAUUUAAGUCCAAUUGUUUAAACCAAAUGCAAUGGAACACGCCCGUUGAUAAUUCGUCCGUCGUGACGGAUACAUCGUGUUUAAACGCGUGUAAAGAAAUUGAACUCACAAAAUCAGAAUUAGAUCCUUCUUAUGUGUCUGGUCAUAUAUCUUGGGACGUAGCCACCGACAAUGAAUCUCCAGAAACGUGCGUAAAGAAAGAACAAAAGUACGUGUUUCAAGCGUCCAAUACAUUGUCUCAAACUAUUUGGAAUGCGUCGCAACACAAUACAAAUAAUUUUUCAAAUAAUGCACACCAAAUCAAAGCUAAUAUUAACCACUCUACCUCCGAGCUCGAAUCCCCCAAACACCCGAGCCAUAUAUAUUGGGAUAAUGAUUUAACAAAGGAUGCUUCUAAUUCUUCAUUGAAUCGAUUGAAUAUAAAAAUUAAGAAUUUUGCUCAAAAAGAUACGAUUAAGCAGGAUACGAUCAUGAGUUCUUGUAUCAGCGAGAACAUAACAAGACCGACCGUUUUGAUGUUAGCCGGGAGUUCUAAUAAUAAUAAUAACAAUAAUAACAGCAAAGAUAUUAUUUCAAAAGUACCGUCGAUGGCGCCCGAGACGGGAGUAAAAGUAGUAGUUGUUAAACAGGAAGAUAAUCUUAUAAAGUUACCAAUUCCAGAAGAUAGUCAAAAAUGGUUAGGCGCUUUAGCUUUAAUGGAGCUGGCUAAAAAUCAAGAAGAAAUAAUAAGAGGUUUAAGUCUUAAACAGAACAAAGAUGAAUGCUCUGUGAAUUCCGAGCUGAAUUAUACCCGUUUAUAGACUGUGAUUAAUGGCUAUUCUAAUUCUGAUUUAUGUUAUUUUUGUAUGG